AUGGCCAAGUCCAAGAACCACACCACACACAACCAUUCCCGCAAAUGGCACAGAAAUGGUAUAAAGAAACCCCGAUCACAAAGAUACGAAUCUCUUAAGGGAGUGGACCCCAAGUUCCUGAGGAACAUGUGCUUUGCCAAGAAGCACAACAAGAAGGGCCUAAAGAAGAUCCAGACCGACAAUGCCAAGGUCAUCAGUGCACGUGCUGAGGCUAUGAAGGCCCUCGUAAAGGAGGUUAAGCCCAAGAUCCCAAAGGGUGGCAGCAGCAAGCUCCAACGACUUGCCUACAUUGCCCACCCCAAGCCUAGGAAGCGUGCUUGUGCCCACAUUGCCAAGAGGUUCGGGCUGUGCUGGCCAAAGGCCAAGGCCAAGGAUCAAACCAAGUGCCCAGGAUCAACUCCAGCUUCAGUUCCGGCUCAGGUUCACAAAAGUGCUCAGGCCCCUACAAAGGCUUCAGAGUAGGUAUCUGUCUGCCAACGUGAUGACAGAAGGACUGGUGCAACCUGCCCGGGCUGCCAUCUGCAUGGGGCUGGGGUCCUCACCUCCUGUGCUAUUUG